AGGUGGAGUGGGUGGAGCUGAACGAUGGCGGGUGCGUCAGUGAAGGUGGCGGUGCGAGUCCGUCCGUUCAACUCCCGAGAGAUGGGACGCAACGCCAAGUGUGUGAUCCAGAUGCAGGGAAACACCACGUGUAUCUCCAACCCCAAACAACCCAAAGAUGGAGCCAAGAACUUCACCUUUGACUAUUCCUACUGGUCACACACGACGAAUGACGACCCCAGCUUUGCGUCUCAGAGGCAGGUGUAUAAAGACAUUGGAGAGGAGAUGCUGCUGCACGCCUUUGAAGGAUACAAUGUGUGUAUUUUUGCGUACGGCCAGACUGGUGGAGGAAAGAGCUACACCAUGAUGGGCAAACAGGAGCCUGGACAGGAGGGGAUCAUACCACAGCUGUGUGAAGAACUAUUUCAGAGAACAGGAGAAAACACAGAUCCUGACCUGACAUACUCUGUGGAGGUGUCCUACAUGGAGAUCUACUGUGAGCGGGUCCGGGAUCUACUAAACCCAAAGUCCCAGGGGACUCUGCGGGUUCGAGAGCAUCCCAUUCUGGGGCCUUAUGUGGAAGACCUGUCCAAACUCGCCGUGACCGGAUUCACCGACAUCCGGGAUCUGAUGGAUGCUGGCAACAAAGCCCGGACAGUUGCAGCCACAAAUAUGAACGAGACCUCGUCCAGGUCUCACGCCGUCUUCACCAUUGUCUUCACCCAAAAACGUCGAGACCAGAUGACCAGCCUGGAUACUGAGAAGGUCAGUAAGAUCAGUCUGGUCGAUCUGGCUGGAAGCGAGCGAGCUGACUCGUCGGGGGCAAAGGGCACCAGGCUCAAGGAAGGAGCGAACAUCAAUAAAUCUCUGACCACGUUGGGAAAGGUGAUAUCAGCUUUAGCUGAAAUGCAGAGCAGUAAGAAGAGGAGAAGUGAUUUUAUUCCCUACAGAGACUCUGUUCUCACCUGGCUACUGAAGGAAAACCUGGGAGGAAACUCUCGGACGGCCAUGAUUGCUGCUCUAAGUCCUGCUGACAUCAACUAUGAAGAAACACUGAGCACCCUGAGAUAUGCUGACCGUGCCAAACAGAUUCGUUGUAACGCUGUGAUCAAUGAAGAUCCAAACGCCAAACUGAUCAGAGAGCUGAAGGCUGAAGUGGAACGACUGAGAAACCUGCUGUUCUCACAGGGCCUGCAGGAACUGCUGGAUAAUGCUGGUAUAUACACAUCUCACAGUAUACACGAUACUGGAAUAUAUAUAUACAUUAUAAAAAAACUUUACUGUUAUAUACACAUCUCACAGGUUGGACAACAGGACGUGGACAUCAAACUUUCCGGACACUUUAUAAAGGAGAUUCACUGUGUGUUCGUCAGUGAGCUCAAUGAGCAGGGAGAAGUGGUGGUCAUUCUGGAGCCAUUAGUUGGAGCGGAGACUUACGUUAAUGGGAAGCAGAUCACUGACGCAGUCAUCCUCAAACAAGGUAACCGCAUCGUGAUGGGGAAGAACCAUGUGUUCCGCUUCAACCACCCGGAGCAGGCAAGGCUGGAGAGGGAGCGCAGCGUGACUGCCGAGCAGCUGGGGGAGCCAGAGGACUGGAACUACGCUCAGAAGGAGCUGCUGGAGAAACAAGGCAUCGACAUCAAACUGGAGAUGGAGAAGAGGUUGCAGGACAUGGAGACUCAGUAUCGUAAAGAGAAGGAGGAGGCUGAUCUGCUGCUGGAGCAACACAGGCUGUAUGCUGACAGUGACAGCGGUGACGACUCGGACAAACGCUCCUGUGAGGAGAGCUGGAGGCUGAUUUCCUCCCUGAGAGAGAAACUACCUGCCAACAAGGUACAGUCGAUCGUGAAGCGUUGUGGUCUGCCCAGCAGUGGGAAGAGAAGGGAGCCACUCAGAGUCUAUCAGAUCCCACAGAGGAGGAGGAUCAGCAAAGACCCCAAACGGGUCACCAUCGAAGACCUCCGCAUGCAGGCUGUCAAAGAGAUCUGCUACGAGGUGGCUCUGGGAGAUUUCCGUCACUCCCGCCAGGAGAUCGAGGCGCUUUCCAUCGUCAAGAUGAAGGAACUCUGUCGCAUGUACUCCAAGAAGGACUCCAACGAGAGGGAGAACUGGAGGGCCGUGGCCCAGGACGUCUGUGACACCGUGGGCAUCGGAGAGGAGAGGAGUCCCCCCACAGAAGAGGGGGGAGGAGGAGGAGGAGGAGGAGAGACGGGGGAGGGAGGAGGAGAGAAGGGAAAAGUGUACGACCUGAAGGCUCACAUCGAUAAACUGACAGACAUUUUGGAGGAGGUGAAGCUGCAGAACAACAUGAAGGACGAGGAGAUCAAAGCUCUGAGAGACAGAAUGAUCAAGAUGGAGAGCAUCAUACCUGUGCAGGACGACGACGUGAACGGAGAAGGAGAGGAGUGUAAUCAGGGAGACGGGGAUGAAGGCAGUGGCGAUGUCCCUAAACAGCCAGAGGUCAGAGUUAAGCGGCUAAUGGACGAGGACCCGGCAUUCAGGAGAGGGCGCCUCCGCUGGCUGAAACAGGAACAGCAGAGAAUCCUGAACCUGCAGCAGCAGAACAUCACCAAGAAGCUCCGAGGACAGAACCAGAACCAGGGUCAGAACACGCCCACUGUCCCUGUUCACCUCCCAGGGACUGGACGCUUCAUCCCUCCCCAGGAAUGCAAACUGAAGUUUCCCUUUAAGAGUAACCCUGCCCACCGGUUGUCAUGGGGACCAGCCAGCGCCGCCCUGCAGGCCCUGGGUCUGGGGGAGACCGGAGGAGAUGGAGGGGAGGAGGGGGGGGGAGUGGAAGGUAAAACUUCUCCGUCACCUUCUCCUCCUCAGGGUCACUCUCCUGCUCUCUUGCCCCUCCCCUUCCAAGCCCCACCCCCUCGCAUGCGCACCCCCAGCCCCCAUCGCGCCUGGCAACAGCGUAAUCAAGGCAACCCGGGUAACCAGGGUAACCAGGGCAACCAGGGCGGCUUCCACUACCAUCAACAGGGCAACAACCAAAACCACCAGCGGCGCUACCGCCGCAACUCUUUGGAUAGCUCCACCCAUGGCAACAGUAACUACGACAGCAACCAGCAUCACGGUGGCGAUGGCAAUGGAGGCGGCGGUCACCAGGGACGACCAAGACAGAGGAGGGGGGUGUCACCAGGGCCUGUUGGGGAGUGGGGAGGAGGUAGAGGAGGAGGCGGUGGAGGGAGAGACAGAGACGGAGACGGAGGCUUCCAUUUUAGUCAACGCCAGCAAUAUCAGUUUCACCACCACCCCUACUACAAUCCCCACAAUGCACCAUUCCAGCCAGGACCUCACCCUAACUACCACAGCUUGCCACGCUCCGGGGUCCCGCCCCCUCCCGACAUGCUGAUUGGGGUGGGGCCGACACUGCCUGGGGGGUGGGGCUUCACCACUCCUCCAAGGAUGAGACGACAGUUCAGUGCACCAGACCUCAAACACAACAAGGAGACGCCCAUCUGACCUCUGACCUCCAACACAUGGACGACUCUGAUUGGUUGCAGGACAUAGGGCGCUCCUGAUGCUGUAGAGAUGCGUGUGCGUGUCUGUGUGUGUGUCUUUUGCCGCACUUUCCUAGACUGAGUCAAACCAUCACACACAUCCUGUAUCUUCAAUCCUGCUCUGUGUGUGUGUGUGUGUGUGUGUGCGUGUGUGCGUGCGUGUGUAGCUUUUACGUUAGCACAGGUUAGUUGUUGCCAUUGCAACACUUUCAUUUUUUGCUGUUAGUUGGGUUGUCACACAAGAUGGAAGUUUAUUACGUUAUGAGUUUUAUUGGUUUUAUUGAUAUCGAUUGAAGUUGUGGUCACGAGGUGCUACUGUGUGAGCUCCUGAGGCUAGCUCGUGUUAGCAGAAGGUUUUUUUUUUUGUGGGUUGGGUUGAGUUUCAGGGCAGAGCGGAUGUUUGUACUUGCACACACUUCAGUUUUAGCUCCUUUGUUUUAGCUGCUGUUAGCCCAGGAGGCUAACAACAGCUAACUAGCCUGGUUCAGCCUGCUUGUUCUGUGUUAGCUUGGGCUAGCCAGUUAGCCUAAGCAAGAAGCAAGGGAAGGCUCUUUAGCUUUUCAGGCUAAUAGGUAGUGAAAUGCUACACAAGCCCAAGUUUAGCCUAGCCUAGCCAAGGCAGCAUUCAUGUUAUAUGGGAAUUACAGGUUGUACGACUUUGAUUUCAACACAUUGAACUUAGUUUAAUUUUACAUUUAUUUUAUAAUCUGUUUAUGAACUUAACAGAAAUAUAUUUGUCAUGUUGCACCAUUGAGGAGAGCUAGAGCAAGUUUCGCAUUCUGAAGAAAGACACUAAUGUGGUUCUAACUUUAAAAUGAAUGAAAGUCAAAUCGUGAGUUGAAUGUUCUGGGUUUUUUUCCGUUGUUGAAGUGGAGGUCGUACGAGAGCUGUUCAAGACAACUUCCCCCUGAAGUUUGUUUCCGUCCCAUGUGACUUGAAUGCUGAGUCGCCAAGUGCUACAAACCAAAGAAAGCUGCUGUGUGGCGCCUCCUGCAGGUGAGCUGACAGACACACUGCUGUACUGAGAGAAGGGGUCGAGGACGUUGUAAAUGUUGAUGUGAAUUGCACGCAGAAUCGUUUUAAAGCGUCAUGUGUGUAUAUUUGAUUUGAGUUUUUAUGAAGAUGAAUCUAUUUUUAAAAGAACGCUCACGGUGAGUUCACUGUCAUAGGCAAUCGUUGGAAAAGCAGUAAGUGAUAGCUGAUGUGCGAUAAAGUAAUCAUCAUGGAUUAUAGUUUAUGUAAGGCUGUGAGGAGGGAACUCUGGGAAAUGUAGUCAGAGAGAGGAGGUGGAAAAGAGAAGGCACAGAAUGAAGAGAAGGAGAUUUUGUUUUGAUGCAAUGUUUUUAAAAUAUUGAGUGACAGGAGGACUAGUUCCUUCAUCAGGACCUGACACUACUUCAUAUUUAACUUGUCCUGAAGAGACGAGGAGUGAACACUGACUUCCUGCUACGACAGGAAGAUGAAAACUGUGGCUUCCUCUCGUUUGAGUCACGUGAUUUUACAUUUAAUGUCACUUUAAAGACUGAUUUUUUAUUUCAAUAUAAUGACCGGAGAUGACAGAUAUUUGUUUCCAGCUGAGUUCGACUGAGCUUUAACAGACUUUUUUUGUUUACCUCUGUAAAUAACAAGAAUUUUCAUUAUUGAUGAAUCAAUAAAUGUUGAAAACAGAGUAAAAUAAAAAGGUCUGAGGUGAAAGUCGAAAAACAUUUUCAAAGUGAAAUAAGACGGAAAAGAGCUGAAUUGAUGAAAUGAUAUAUGACGUUAAGUUGUUUCAGCCUGAAAAAUAUUUGCAGUGGUCAAGUUUUUUCUGCUGCGUUCCCUGCACCUCUGAAAUGUAGGAUGUUGUAAAAACAGCCACAAAUUUUCACCUACCUGGGUCGAGCUGAACGUAGCCGUUGAGUUUUAACGUCCCGCAAAGGACAAGUUAAUCGUCAGGAGGGGCUGGGCAUUAAAACCCCACCCCGACAAAGAGUAAGGCAUUGUGGGAGAUGACGAGUGGAGUUUUUGUGCUCCGUGACUGUAAAGGCCUUCUCACAAAGAAGGUAGGAACCAACCAAUGGGAGCGCUCCCUCUGGCCGGGAGGUAGUUACCACAAUAAUGAUGACAAAAACACAAGAACUGAUUGUGAUUGGCCCAAGAAGCGUGACAUCAGCAGAUCUUAAUUUCCACCAUGUUUCACUCUGCUGUCUCUGGUAUCGUGGGACAAUCUGGAUGACCUGUUGCCGCUGCCGGGCAUGAUGGGAAAAUAUGUUUUCCUAUUUGUUUAUGAUUUUUCAGUUUUGUUUUUUUUUAUUUUCCAGUUUCCAGCUCUGGCCUCUGUUUGGCUGGUUUGUACUUUUUCUUUUUGUGUAUUCAUUUCUUUCGGAGUAUUUUAACCCCGCCUCCAUGUUUGUUUUUUGCUUCAUGAUGUCAUCAUUACUAUUAUUGAUAUAAUUAUGAAGUUUUAAGUGUCGUUAAUGUUGGGUUCUUGCUGCUAAAGGGAGAUUGUUCACCCUCAUGCAAAUGUCUGUGUGCAUGUGUGUGUGUGUGCGCAUACCGUGUGUGCGUCUGUGUGUGUGUCUGUGUGCGCGUUUCCUGGUUAAUUUAGAGUCAUAAUCUAAAGUUUGUUUUUCUUUAUAAAGCUGAUUUUAUUGUUUUUCUUUUAAUUGUUUGUUUUUUGGAGUUUAAGGGGGGGGGCUGGCGGUUGUAGGAAGCCAUCACCAUGGCAACUCGACUCAGCAGAAUUCCAACCUCCGAGCCACAUGAUCACAGCAUGAACACGGACAUGGACAUGACAUCACGGUGUAGCCCCCCUCUAUUGGCUCGGUUGUUUGUGUGUCUGUGUUGUUGUAUCAGGAACCAAUCUCAGGCUCUACCUGCAGACAACAUGACGGCAAUAAAGUAUCGACAAACACGACUCCA